AUGGCGCACUCACAUCCUUUCUCCUCACUACCUUACGAGAUUGUCUCUCAAAUCUGUCAGCACCCUCAUCUGGAUAAGGAUGAUCGGGCCGCUCUCCGCCUCACUUGCAAGUCCUUUGGAAUUCACGACGCAGCGACUGUAUCAAUUGGCAAAUACUUCGAGGAUACCAAAGUCCUAUUUACCAAGCACAGCUUCGAGACGCUUGUCAAGAUCUGCAAACAUCCAGUCUUCAGUCGCUGUAUCAAAAGCGUCAAGCUGUCUUCAAUCCGCUGCAACAAUGAUGAAAGACUUCAGACGACCACAAAUUUACUCCAAAUGGAAGCCUCACGUAGCGAUCAGCCGGUAGGAGUUGACUCCCGACUGCAAGCUUUGGACAACAUUUCGGCUCGCAUUCAUUCCUACUCUGUACGCAACCGGUGCGAGAGUGAUCGUUUUCGCAGCAGCAAGCCCGUUGAGCUUCUGACCAUAGCUCUGAAGUGCUUGUCCCAGUCGGGCAAUCGCAUUGCUCUCGGCAUCGCUGUCGACGAGACCAACGGUCUGGGAUGUGGAAGAGUCCUACGCGCGAAAAACAUUUUCAGCAGUCUGUGGUACAAUGCAAUCUACAGUACACUCGAGAUCCUCGCUACCGCGAUUUCCGAUAGCAGCUACCCGUUUGGCAAGCUCAUCAUUGACGCCAGAGCCAUGGACAUUUUUGACUUCUCGUUGCCUCGUCGAAGAACCGUUGAGCCAGCCGCACUUAAGAUGUUUACGCACGUCAAGGCAUUGGACCUUCAAGCCUUUUGUUUCUGUCAGUGGAACUCGGACCACAAUCUUGCCAGCCUUGUGGCGGAAGUCUUUUCCAAACCCACGCAAAUCAAGGUGCUUCGCGUGUUAGGCGCUGAUACUUCAGACUGGAAGUGGUCGACUCACAAUCCGAGUAGUCUGCGAUGCAUUUCUUCCGUCUCUUCGCUGUUCCUCGAAAGUCUCUCUCUCACCAGGAUUGAGAUUACAGCGUCGGUGCUUCGAUCACUCCUGGUUAGAGUGCAACAGACACUUCGCUACUUGAAUAUCGACAAGUGCCUGACAAGAAAUGACACAUUGCUGCCUGUCAUUGUCUUCAUCAAGGACCAUCUUGGAGAGCUUGAUGAGUUGCACAUUACGGAUAUAUCGGUAAUGUCUAAACUUGAGGAUAUUUUCGCCUUAUAUGACGACGAUCAUUGGGGGCCAAAGGAUAAAUACGAGAGCGAGCUCCUUGCGUGUAUCAAUGCGUAUGGUCAGCGAAACAUACAAUCAAGCUUGGCCGGGGUACUCUUGGGCUACAAAAGUCGUCCGGUCACCACGCCAUCGUCCUAG